AAAUUUGCAAACACAUCCACUCCGGUUUCAGCUCGGUUCAGUCGUCCUUGUAGCUUCGAUGAAGUGAGCGCGUGUCGCGAAUCCAAACAAGAAGUCUUAGCGGAGAAAAAAUAAAAAAAAAAAGAAAUGAUAACAAAUGAGGUUUUAAAUAAUUACGAAAAUGGAACAUCAAAACAUGACGUAAAAAUCAAUGGCCACGCUCAUACGAAAUUAGCGGCAACAGUGCAAAAAACAAAAAGUUUUAUGGAAUUGUCGAUAAAUUGUGCGAGUUCAGUGAAAAAUGAUUGUGGAAAUGAGAGAAAGGUGUAUGUGUUGUACACAGGCGGUACUAUUGGGAUGAUUAAAAACAAUGAAGGAGUGCUCAUACCUCAAAAAGGAAUAUUCGAGAAUAUGAUACGAUCGUAUCCUCAACUCCACGACGCAAUGUACUGGAAGCAAAGGCUGAGCAGGCCAGAUUUUGAUUCAUCAUUUUUAGUACUGCCUGAAUCGAAAGACUUGGAUUUGAGGAUAGUGUACAAAAUAUCCGAAUGCAAGGAGUUGUUAGAUUCGUCAAACAUGACGGAAGCUGAGUGGGUCUUGAUAGCUGAGGAUGUUAUGAGGCACUAUGACGAUUACGAUGGAUUUGUCGUCCUUCAUGGCACUGAUACUUUGUCUUACACAGCCUCGGCGUUGUCAUUCAUGUUUGAGAACAUAGGUAAAUGUGUCGUCUUGACUGGAUCACAGAUACCAAUAUUUGAGCCACGAAGCGACGGGACUGACAACUUUGUGUCUUCACUACUGAUUGCUGGUGGGCUGAAUAUCCCAGAAGUAACUGUGUUCUUUGGCAGCAAACUUUAUAGAGGGAACAGGACGCGUAAGAUAUCAGCGCACAACCUCUACGCGUUUGACUCUCCCAACUGUGUUCCCCUCGUCGAGGUCGGAUUAGACUUUGAUGUGAACAAGCGGGCCAUCUUCAAACCCACAGUGAUCCAGAAAUGCCGACUGCACGCCAAGAUGAGCAAAAACGUUGGCAUGCUCACGAUCUUCCCAAGCAUCAGCUUGGCGGUCGUGAAGGCGUUCUUCCAACCGCCUAUAGAGGGUGUAGUCCUGUCUACUUAUGGAGCUGGUAAUAUCCCGACAAACAGAGCAGACGUAUUCGCAGAAAUAUCAGCUGCGGUAGACAGAGGCGUUGUAGUGGUGAACAUCACUCAAUGCUCUACUGGCUCUGUAGCGGCGCCAAUUUACGAGACAGGAAAACUUCUGGCAGGCUGGGGUGUUGUAUCAGGCUAUGACAUGACUCCAGAGGCGGCUCUCACAAAAUUAUCAUAUGUAUUGUCGAAGACCGAACUAAGUUAUAAGGAAAAAGUUGAGAUGAUGUAUACAAAUUUAAGAGGAGAACUUACCAAUACGACGUCUAUUGCGUUAGAGGACAAUGUAUUGGUUGAUGCUUUGGCCAGCAGUCUCAAUAUACAGUCUCCAAAGGUGUUGAUCGAAGUUACAGAAAAAGUUUUUGGCGCUCUUCUAACGAAUGCAAUCGAGAGGGACGAUGAAAGAGGAGUCAAGAAAAUGCUUGACAUGGGAGCAGAUAUCAAUGCACAGAACACAGAAGGCCGGACUGCCUUACAUAUUGCCAUCGACAGAGGCAGCAAAUCCAUGGUGGAAUUUCUUAUGAAGAAUGGUGCUAAUGUUCACCUUAAAACUAGAGUAGGGGAGACUCCACUGCUAACAGCGAUACAGAGAGACGACAUAGCGAUGAUAGAUUCGCUUCUGAAAUGUGGCGCUCAUCUGUCCAGUGUUGGAUCUAAGUCCAUUUGUGAGUUGCUAUCGUUGGCAACGAGAAGUGGGUCUAAUAGCAGAGUGAUGUCUCUGAUAGCGGCCGGCGCAGAUGUCAACUUGGCUGAUGAGCUGAAGCAGACGUCUCUACAUAAGGCGGUUCUCUGUUCAAGCUUAGAAAUGACGACUUGUCUACUCAACGAAGGUGCAAGAGUUGAUGUCAAAGAUGUAAUGAACUUCACUCCUUUGGACUACGCCAGAAAGCUGAACCAAGACGUCAUAGUCAAACUGCUUGAAGAACAUCUGAAGAAAGAGAUUAAAAAGUGAUAGAGUAAGCUAGUUAAGUCUGGAUUCUGGAUGCGUCGGACUGUAAAUUGUGCUAAGAAAUGAUUAUAAAGAUUGUAGGAUAUGUUGGUGAUAAACGCUUUUUUGAAAGAGGCCUCAUACCAUAUUCGAGAAAAAGCACUUUACCUCUUUUAUUUAUUUGUUUUUAAAUUCUAUUCCUUAUUGGAAUUUCAAAAUUCAACCUAAGUUAACUUCUUACAUAAGUAUAUCCAAUCUUUUUUUAUAACUUGCAUUAUUAUGACAAAUGUUGUUUUAAACUGAGUAAUGACGAUUUGAUCAAUUUAACAAUUGAUUGGCAAUUUUUAUAUCUACCGGUUUUCUUAAUGUUGGUAACAAUUAUCACGUUAUAAUGGGAGCGAGCGAUACGAACAUACCCUGUGGACAUAAUCUGUGGAACGUACCCAUUGCAAUUUGAAAGUGUGCUCGCAUCAAGUUGUAUACAAUAAACUACUUAAUUAAUAAAGACAAAUGCGUGCCCGUGCUUAAAACGCUCUGCCGCCGCACCGCGAUGUGACGUCUUAGAAUAGUUUCUUACAUAACAACUCGAUGCGGGCCAGAUUUCAAACUGCGCUCCUUCUAACCAUCUGUUGGCGGACUCGGACGUCAAAACAAGAUCUGAUUUUGUUAUUUUCUUUUGUGAUUGCUAAAAUUAAGGUUUAUCUAAGAUAUAUUUAAUGUUGCAAAAUAGGAAGUCAUUCAAGAUAACAAAAUUUAAUGUACUUACAAUAAUUAUAAAAAACAUUAGUCAGAUAUGCAAGAACAACAUACUUAAUUAGAAUUAGGUGCCUACGUAAUAUUACGCCAUUAGCUUGGUACUGUUUUGUUAUCACCAUAAAAAAAUUCUCAGAAAUAUUUUAAUC